CUGCGCCGGCCUUUGCUGGUCACGGGUUCCCAGGGCCCCUCUGGGGUGGUUUCUCAUCAGAUGGGGGGGUCCUGGCCUGUGGUUGGUGGCAGGGGUGGACCCUGACAGGGUGCCCGGGUGCUGCCAUGCCCUCUUGGAUCCCUCCAGCUGGGGUAAAGAGGCACUGGGUGCUGCCAGCUGCCUGCAAAGGGAUGGGGUCUGGGUGGGUCGCUGCCCGUCCUCCUGUCUGUCCGUCCUCCUGAAGCCUCUGUCCCCGCAGAUGAAGCGAGCCCUGGUGCUGGGCGCCUCAGCCCUGCUCAUCCUGGCGCUGAACCAGAACACCAUGCGGGAGCUGGACGUUUCCCAGCUCCUCAGCAAGCCCGUGAUCGUCAUCCCGUCCUCGGACAACGUCACCAAGCUGCUGGGAACACUGCUGCGGGGGCUCCGGGCCACGGCGAAGAUCACGUACCAGGCUGUGCUGCUGGAGAACCUGGGAGUGACCCUCACCCUGUGGUCAACCUGCGGCCUGUCCCGAGGGGGUCUCUAUGGGGAGUGGCAGGGGGUCAUCUGCACGGGGGAGAACAGCUCGCAGGUCCAGAAGUACCUCCAGCAGCUGUGGAACACCAUCCUGCUGAUCGCCCUGCUCCUCUGCACCGGGGUGAUGGUGCAGGCCCAGCGGCAGUCACGGCAAGACCCGUUGGAGCGGGAUGCUGAGCUGGACCUGAAGCAGCACAUCCGGCGGCGGCUCCUGGCCCUGGAAACCCGGCGGUACCAUCCCGGGAAACCGCCCCGGAGCCGGGGCUGCGAGAUCGAUCGCUGCGCUGUCUGCUUGGACCAGUUCCACAAGAGCCAGUGGCUUCGAGUGCUUCCCUGCUCCCAUGAAUUCCACCGGGACUGCGUGGACCCGUGGCUCCUGCUGCAGCAGACCUGCCCUCUCUGCAAGCACAACAUCCUGGGGGAGCAUCCCACCAGGGCCCCCGCAGCCGUUGGUGCUGGGGCGAGGGCUGGAGAGGACUUGGAGACCCCCAGACUCCCCGUGCAGUGACCCGGUGUCCUUCUCCCUUCCAGGGAAGUGCUUCCCAGGGAGCUGCCCAGCCCGAGGGACACACUGCGGGGACAGAGGGAGGGAGCAGGGGGUGCUCGGCACGGGCUGCUGGAGCAGCUGUGCCCGUGGCAGUGCCCGGCCCCGCGGGGAGGGGGGGAUCUCGGGGCUCUCCCUGCUGGGUGUGAGUAGAGGGGCGGGGGGUCUGUAUGGCCUGGGUGUCGAGAAAGGAAGCCACGGGUGCCCCCGUGGGUCCGGGGGCUGGAGGCAGGGAGAGCCCGGCCUGGCUGCACCCUCCCCCUGCUUGUAGCCGUUUUUCUAAGUCUCUUGUUUUUGUUUUUCUAUUUCCUGGGGACCGUGCAGGGUGGGCACAGCCCGGCUGGGGGCCUGGCUGCGGCUGAGGCUGGGUGCUGGAGUCGAGAGCCUGGGGGGCCAGGCUGGGCGACCCGCUGCCUGGCUGCAGGAGGGCAGGGUCUUCCACAUGGUAUUUAUCCUAACUUAGUAGGAAGCAGGGCAGGAGGCAGCUGCAGAGCCCCAGCACGGGGCGGGCUGGGCUGAAGGCGGCUGUGCCGCGGUGCCCGGGAACCCGCUGAGCCCCGAGCAGCUCCUGCUCGGCACAGCCGGGCUGCAGCACCACACGCCUCUGUCUAAUAAACACGGAGUGGGAAGUGC